GUUACGGCAAAGUGAGGUUAGGUGCAGUGUCAAAAUGUCGCUUACGUAAUACCAAGUGGAAGGAAAUUCGGUCAGUAUUGUAUAAAUAUUAGCGCAACUAAUCGUGACCGCGUUCAAAUGUGAUGAAUAAACACACGGGGGCACUGGUGGGUCGCUUUUUACUCCACAGUUUGAGCAGGAAAUUCGUGAAUACACCAGUGGUGAGGAUGGCCGACAAAGUGGAUAAGGCAGAGUUGCAGAAACGCCUCACUCCGCUACAAUACCAUGUGACCCAAGAAAAGGGCACUGAGCGACCGUUCACAGGGUGUUACAAUAAAGUCUACGACUCGGGUACUUACGUUUGCAUCGUCUGUGAGCAAUCAUUGUUCAGUUCGGAGACGAAAUACGACAGCAGUUGCGGCUGGCCUGCCUUCAACGAUGUCUUGGACCAAGGAAAAGUCAAAUUAACACCAGACACUAGCGGAGUUGGAGCGAACCUACUACUCCUCAUAUCCCAACCAGGGCGGAUAAGAACCGAAGUGACUUGUGCCCAAUGCGGCGCCCAUCUUGGCCACGUGUUCAACGAUGGACCAAUGCCCACCAGGAAGAGGUUCUGUAUAAACUCCGCCUCUCUCAAUUUCAUCCCGGAUAAAAAGGAGGGCAGUGAUAGCUAGGAGGGGCUCGAUUUAAUGCAUUAACAGGACCACUAAUGAAUCAAAGUGAUAAUACUAACUAAUUAGGCCUACUGUUUUUUGUUAAAGUGCCCAUUUCACUGGGCAUAACGUGUGAUUAACUAAUUUAAAGCCAAACUCGAAUUUCUUACCUCGAUUUGUUUUUGUUAGCUUUUGUUGUGUAUUUAUGCAAUCGAAUUAACAUUUUUAAGGAGGCUUUACAUUUUUGUGAAACAAUAAAUUUGAUAAAAAA